AUGGAGUUAGAGGCAAAUAAUUCUUUAGCUUUCCUAGAUGUUUUUGUCAUUCGAAAUCCUGAUAACACUAUUGGUCACACUGUGUAUAGAAAAAAGACCCAUACCAACCGAUAUUUAAAUGGUGAAUCUCACCAUCAUCCUUCACAGUUAGCUACCGUGGGUAAAUCUUUGUUUCAGAGAGCACGAGGGAUCUGUGACAGAAAACAUCUGGCCGCCGAGCUGCAGCAUGUCAAGCAAGUGUUGCAAGACAACAAGCUUCGGAUCCCGCGCCUACGUCACAGUGACCGAGUGAAGCCGGCCACAGUCGAGCGUGUGCCUGCUGUACUACCAUAUGUCAGAGGAGUCACAGACAAGGUUGGCUACAUCUUGAAGCGAGCUUCCAUUAAAACGUACUACAAGCCGCCGAAGAAGGUUAGUCAAUUUUUACCAUCCGUCAAGUGUAAUAUCCCUCUAAAAUAUGCAGGAGUGUACAAGUUAGAUUGUGAAUGUGGUCUCUCUUACAUAGGUCAAACAAAAAGAUCCAUAAAAACCCGCGUGAAAGAACAUAUAGCUAACGUGAAGCACCGACGCUCCGGGAAGUCUGCAGUCUGUGAACAUGUUCAAGAUCGUCCCCACCAUUACAUCAGAUUUGAUAAGCCACAAAUCCUCGCAAAAGAACACCGAUUCCUACCAAGGAUGAUACGCGAGGCUAUUGAAAUUAAAAAACAUCCUAAUUUCAAUAGAGAAGAUGGUUGUAUAAUUAACAAAAUUAAACCCAAACCCAAGCAUACCACUGCAAGACUUCAAGAUACUGUAAGUUCGUUUUGCGUAAAUCGGAGCAAAAAUUAA